CAGCUUUAAAAGGCUGGCUGAGUCACUCCUCAUUAGAUUCACUUCUCUUUUAACUAACUGCCUGAGUGCACUUCCCCUAUCACUUUGAUCCAGCUCAUGGAAAUGGAGCACAAUAUGGAAACCGCGAAGAGAAGAGUCCUGAGCAAAGAAGAUUUAAUAUCUGAGCGGACCGGGUCUUUGGGAUGCAUUGGUUGGUUCAUCGUCAUACUCUCUGGCACCUUUACACUCAUCCUUUUCCCUAUUACCAUCUGGUUCUGUCUGAAGAUUGUUCAGGAGUAUGAGCGAGCUGUCAUCUUCAGACUGGGACGCAUCACAGAUAGGAAGGCUAAAGGACCAGGAAUUUUCUUCGUUUUGCCAUGCACUGAUUCCUUUGUGAAAGUGGAUCUGCGAACAGUUUCAUUCGACAUCCCACCACAAGAGAUCCUGACCAAAGACUCAGUCACCGUUUGUGUGGAUGGAGUGGUGUACUUCCGGGUCAGUGACCCCAUCGCCUCUGUGGCCAAUGUGUCCAAUGCUGACUUCUCCACGCGUCUGCUGGCUCAGACCACCCUGAGAAAUGUGCUGGGGACCAAGAACCUCUCAGAGCUGCUGUCUGACCGCGAGGGCAUCGCUCACAGCAUGCAGUCUAGCCUGGAUGAAGCCACAGACGACUGGGGCAUCAAGGUGGAGCGAGUGGAGAUUAAAGAUGUGAAGCUGCCACAUCAGCUGCAGAGAGCCAUGGCUGCUGAAGCAGAGGCUUCACGAGAAGCCAGAGCCAAGGUGAUUGCAGCAGAGGGUGAGAUGAACGCGUCUCGUGCCCUGAAGGAGGCGUCCCUGGUGAUCGCAGAGUCCCCGUCAGCCCUGCAGCUUCGCUACCUGCAGACCCUCAACACCAUCGCAGCAGAGAAGAACUCCACCAUCAUCUUCCCCCUGCCCAUGGAUAUCAUUUCUCACUUUAUGAAGAAGUGAUUCAUCCGUUUGAUGAU